AUGAAUUAUGUUUUAAUCUUGAAUAUUCUGCUCGUAUAUCCAACUUUGAUUCAUGCUGAAAUACCCGAUCUCAAUAGUUCAUUGACCAAAUCAACAUGGUUUUGGCCGGUAUUAGGUAUAUGUCUAGCGCUGCUACUCAGCAUUCCAUGUUCAUUGUUAACGGUUAUUAUUCUCUGGCAAAAUAAGAAACAUUCCGGUGAUUCGGAUGGGUCAAGUGUCAAUUCCAGAGCAUCAUUAUCAUCAACGUCCACACACGUUCACCGGGGACCUUCUAGUAAUCGUGAUCAUUUUCGUCGCUCGUACUAUGCUGGUGGUUUUCGUAGUCCACCACCGCCGUAUGUUGCUCGCGAACAACCGGAAAGAUUAUUCCUUACUCCUUCUCUUCCUCCAUCGUAUGAAUCACAUUUGCCGAGAACUAAUACUCAGACACCAACGACAACAGUCGGUCGAGUCGAACCGGCCGAAAGUGUUCUUACACAAUCAUCGAAUCCAGCAUGCGAUGCUUCAUCGACAUUAACUAAUCCAUCACUUCAAACAUUUCAAGUUUGA